CCUUCCUACCAGCCUCAUUCCACCCCCUCGACCUGUCCGUCCUCCCUGGACUGACCUGUUUCCUCCCUACCUCUCCAUCCACACUCACCUUUACUGGCUGCAUCCCCGCCUCUUUAACCAGUCUGUCUCCUCUCCCCCUUUCCCUAUUUAUUUCAGAACCCCCAUCCCCCUCCCCCAUUGCUGAAGAAGGGUCUAGGCCCGAAACCUCAGCUUUCCUGCUCCUCUGAUGCUGCUUGGCCUGCUGUGUUCAUUCAGCUCUACACCUUGGUGUCUCAGAUUCUCCAGCAUCGGCAAUUCCGCUAUCUCCAUAUCUUGUUUACCUGCCCUAUUUUAUACAUGAAGGGACGGUCCUAUUUCCGGAUAUUCGUUUGACUGACAGCGGAACAAACCAAUCUUUGCACGGGAAGCGUUGGCGCAGCUCAAUCGGGUCGGACCAGCAAGGUGAGAAGUGAAAUGAUUUCGGCGGAACGGGGAAGGAGAGUAAAUGUUGCUAUGACGUGCUCAUAUUUCUGGAGCGAAAGCGGACAUGGAGUAUUGAUACUUUGGGGUUGGAAUGUUGACCCGGACAUGGAACAUUGAUACAUUUGGGUUUAGAACGUUGACCCGAGGACGGAACACUGGUUCAUUGGGGUUUGGAACGUUGGCCCGGGGAUGGAAUACUGAUACGUUGGGGUUUGGAACGUUGACCCGGGGGAUGGAACACUGAUACGUUGGGGUUUGGAACGUUGGCCCGGGGAACGGAACACUGAUACAUUGGGGUUUGGAACGUUGGCCCGGGAGCUUGUUCCAUUCUCUUGCAGUGGAUAUGGGAGGUGCCAUUGGACACGCCUUCCUCGUACACAGCGCGUAAUCGCUGCCUGCACUGUCCAGAGAAGGGGAGGUGGAGAAUCGCUGUGACGACGGAGAUACACACAUAUAUAUUAAUAGAGUAGGAUAGGGAUAAACAAGGGAAGCGGGGAACGAAGGAAGCUUCAGCAAGGCGGAUGAAACGACCCCGGAGCUGCAUUGGCCCCGGAACAUGCCGAACCAGAAGAACGCCAAGGGCAGGAAAAACAAGCGCACCAACAGCAGCGGAGACGAGCAGGAGGCUGCGGCCGGAGCUGCCUCCCUGACGGCCGGAACCGGAGGGGCAGGAUCGGCGGCCGGAGGCGCUGCAUCGGGCCAGUCCGAGACAGGCAACGAUCACGAAGCUCCAUGCGCCACGCCGCUGGUGUGCAGCUUCGCUCGUCCGGUUGACCUGGAGAAGGACGAUUACCAGCGUGUGGUCUGCAACAACGAGCACUGCCCCUUUGGUAACUGGAUGCACCUGCAGUGCUUCUACGAGUGGGAGAGCAGCAUCCUGGUGCAGUUCAACUGCAUCGGCCGGGCCCGCAGCUGGAAUGAGAAGCAGUGCCGCCAGAACAUGUGGACCAAGAAGGGCUACGACCUGGCCUUCCGCUUCUGCUCCUGCCGCUGCGGACAGGGCCACCUGAAAAAGGACGUGGACUGGUACCAGGCUCGGCGGAGGCAGGACGACAAGAAGAAGAAGGUGAGCUCUGUGGGCUCCAAGGCUGGCGAGCCACCUCCUGAGGAGGGUAAGAAGUGCAAACUCAAUCGGGUGCCCCGCUCCCACGAUGCUCAGCGCCGGCACUCGGCAGACCGGCAGAACUCUCAGGAGAAAGGGGUGGGCGGCAGCCAGGCUUCUGGGCACAAGGACCACUUCCGGUCACCGUGCGGCUCACCGCCAGAGCCGUCCCCUCCGCCCGCGGCUCACCCCUACCUCUCCUUCGCCGGCGUGCCCCGUGGCUCCCGGCACCUCGGCGAGUUCCUCAAGACGGCGCUGCAUGGGGGCGAUGCCUGCCGUAAGUUGAUGCCCAGCGGCGGGCGCUACGGCCAGCAAGAGCUGGGACCCUCGGUCCCCCGCCUGGGUGCCCUGGACUCUCCGGUGCAGUUCCUGCGCCGCCUGGACCUGUCUGAGCUGCUCACUCACGUGCCCAAGCACAAGAUGAACACGUACCACGUGCGCAUGGAGGAUGAUGCCCAGGUGGGUCAGGGCGAAGAGCUUAGGAAGUUUAUCCUGGCGGCACUCAGCGCCAGUCAGAGGAACGUGGUGAACUGCGCCCUGUGCCACAAGGUCCUCCCCGUCUUUGAACUCUUCCCGCUGGUGGACGGGACUCUGUUUCUCAGCCCUUCCAGACACGACGAGAUAGAGUAUGAUGUCCCCUGUCACCUCCAAGGAAGGCUCAUGCAUCUCUAUGCCAUUUGCGUGGACUGCCUCGAAGGGGUACAUAAGAUAAUUUGCAUCAAAUGCAAGUCGCGAUGGGAUGGGAGUUGGCAUCAGCUGGGCACCAUGUACACUUACGACAUCUUGGCUGCGUCUCCAUGCUGUCAGAUGACAAACAAUCAAGGGUUUAAUUCAUCUGCCAAGACUUUGGGAAGAAUUUGCAUGAAAGCACGUGAGCCUGGUGGACAUGGUGACAGGCAGAGGGGUACGCCAUUCUUAACUGUCUGUGCUCAGAUCCAUGUGUGGCGCUAGAGAGCCUUGACCCCCAGAAACCUCGCAAAAUACUCCCUCUUCCUUCCCGAAUCAGGACAAGCAUCAAAGUCUGUGUGGACCCUAUCUUCCCUCACUUGGAAAUUAAGUGAUCUCCGUCAAAUUCAAAGCUCCUGACCUUUUCCAUGUCCUGUUUGAAGUUGCUGAAUGUUUCAUUGCUCUUUGUCAGUGUUCCCUGGAACUCCUCAAACUUCUCAGCAUAUAGCUUGAGCUGGAGAGAGAAAGAUAGAGACAGAAAGAGGACAUGGAUCAAAUCUGAGAGUUAGGAAUUGGGAUUGUCUUUCUGUGUAGUAGAUUUCGUGUCACUUUAAGUUAUUUUCUUUUCUCUAAACAUGAACGAUCAUCUCCAAGCAACAAGGACAGAACAAACUCAAUAAAGGUCUUCAAGAUCACAGAAUUAAAUAAGCUGACAUCUUAGAACUAUCUGGCACCACAUGUAACUGUUUUCAAUGCUGGGCUUAAGAAAAAUAAAACAGAAACAGAUAGCGCUGGGGAAACCGAGCAGGUCUGGCAGUAUCAGUGGGGAGAGAAACAGAGUUAACAUUUUAGAGUCCAGUAAUCUGCCAGAUGCUACCACACCUGCUCCAACCCCAUCUGUUUUUUGUUUUAGAUUUCC